AUGCCACGCGCCAGGCUCGUGCCGUUGCGGCCUCUGGCGGCGGCCGAGGAGCCGCCGUCGCUCGCGUGGGUGCCGACGGCGAACGCCUCUCUCGAGGAGCGCGCCGCAGCGCUGCGCGCCCGUUUCGGCGCCUCCUUUGCUUGCGCGUGCGAGCGGUGCAGCUACGAGGCGAGGGGCGGCUCUGUGGGUGCUCCGCUGGUUGCGCUGGCGCGCGACGCGAUGGAGGACGGGCGGCUCGCGGCGGCGACAGCGAUGCUGCGAGCCCGCGUGUCUGCGUGUCGCACCGACGGCGACGCGUGGAUGCUGCUGGGCACUGCCCUCCUCGGCAGCGAGAGGUGGACAGCGGCGCACGAGGCGUGGCGCGCCGGCGCGGAGCUGGCGCCGCACCACGCCCUGCUGGGCAGGCAGUGCCGCAAGGACCGCAGCUACCGCGCGGACGGGGUGGCAGCCGCGGCCGGCGGGGCGGAGGGGGCAGCGCCGUGCGAGGUGCACGCGCUGGCCGGCGGCGGGCCGGCGUGCAAGGUGGUGGUGAGCCGCUCGCCGCUCUUCUCGGCGGCCGAGUGCGAGCGCGCGGUUGCGGCCGCCGAGGCGCACGCUGCCAAGUCGGGCGGCUGGACGACGUCGCGCCACCGCGCCGUCCCAACCACCGACGUGCCGGUGCACGAGGUGCCGGAGCUGCUCCGCUGGUUCAACCACGCGAUGGCGGGCCGGAUCGCGCCGCUGCUCGCCGCGCAGUUCCGCGUGGCCGCCGCCGACAUCCGCGUGCACGACGCGUUCCUCGUGCGCUACAGCGCGAGCGGCGGGCAGGCGCACCUCCCACUCCACACGGACGAGUCGGUGCUCAGCCUGACCGUCGUCCUGAACGACGAGUUCGAGGGCGGAGGCACUUUCUUCGCCGACCUCCGCCGCUCGCUCUCCCCGCCGGUCGGCCACCUCGUGGCGUUCCACGGGCGGGCGCUGCACGGCGGAGAGCCGAUCGUGAGCGGCGUGCGCUACAUCGUCGCGGCCUUCCUCUACGUGGCGGAGUUAAACAAGGAGCAACACAAACCCAAUGGAGAAAGAAAACAGAGAAAGAUGGAUGGGAGGACGGCACGCCGCUAA